AUGGCAACUCCACUCUAUUUCCUCCCAACUCUGCUAUUAGUUCUUGCUCAAUCCAUCACUUCUUUUACAGAAGAAACAAAGUGUGGCGGCAAUAAAGAACUGAUCAACCGCAGAGGUUUCCCCGAUGGAUUUGUAUUCGGUGCAGCCUCUUCUGCUUAUCAGUAUGAAGGUGCAUAUAAUGAACAAGGAAAAGGCCUGAGCUUGUGGGAUAAUUUCACACAUAUGUACCCAGAAAGGAUAAUAGACCACAGUAAUGGUGACGUAGCAAUUGACUCUUAUCAUCGUUACAAGGAAGAUGUGCAAAUGGCAAAAGAUAUGGGUAUUGAUGCCUAUAGGAUUUCAAUAUCAUGGCCAAGAAUAUUUCCAGGUGGAACAAUAAGAAAAGGACCGAACCAGGACGGAAUUGACUAUUACAACAACCUCAUUAACGAGCUUCUAGCCAAUGGUAUAGAGCCUUAUGUGACUCUCUUCCAUUUUGAUAUUCCACAAGCUCUGCAAGAUGCAUAUGGCGGGUUUCUAAGUUAUCAAAUUGUGGAAGAUUUUCAAGACUUUGCAGACUUCUUGUUUAGCCAAUUUGGAGACCGGGUGAAGAGCUGGAUUACCAUAAAUGAGCCGUGGACCUUCAGUCGAUAUGGUUUUGCAAUUGGUAAGUUUUCACCUGCUCGAUGUUCAGAUUGGCAAGGACUCGGCUGCACAGGUGGCGAUUCUGGCAGAGAACCAUAUGCUGUGACACAUAACCAGCUUCUUGCUCAUGCUGCUACUGUGAACCUGUAUAGAAAAAAAUACCAGAAAUUUCAAAAAGGAAAGAUUGGAGUAGCACUAGUCUCGUAUUGGUUCGAGCCUUACAAUGAAAAGGAUGAAAAUCGGAAGGCUAAAGAUCGAGCUCUUGAUUUCAUGCUGGGAUGGUUUAUGGAACCAUUGACAUUUGGUAAAUACCCAGAAAGCAUGAGAGUUCGUGUUGGAAACCGAUUGCCUGAAUUCACCAAAGAGGAAGCGGACAUGGUGAAGGGAUCAUUCGACUUUUUAGGAGUUAACUACUAUGGUGCACUUUAUGCAUCCAAUAAACCAAACUCUUCUAGUUUCAGCUAUGACACGGAUUCUGAGAUGGACGCCACGGGGAUAAGAAAUCAGAAGCCAAUUGGUGAACAAGGAAGAAAUUCGAGUGUUAUAUACAUUUAUCCAAAGGGAUUGAGGGAACUUCUGAUGCAUAUAAAACAAAUAUACAAUGAUCCAUUGAUUUACAUUACUGAGAAUGGGAUCGAUGAGGAUAGAGAUGACAACUUAGUAAUAUCAGAAGCAAUAAAAGAUGGCAUGAGGAAGGAAUAUAUCCAUGACCAUCUUUGUUGUCUACUGGAAUCAAUUCUGAAAGAUGGUGUUAAUGUGAAGGGCUAUUUCGUAUGGUCAUUGAUGGAUAAUUUCGAAUGGACAUCUGGUUACUCAGUUCGACUUGGACUUAAUUAUGUGGAUUUCAAAGAUAAACAGUUGAAAAGAUACCCUAAACACUCUGCACUAUGGUUCAAAAGUAUUCUUGAGAAGAAGAUUCAGGAGCCUCAGUCAAGGAUUUCUGAUCAUUAA